AUGUGCAAGAGCGUGCAGGAGAACGUGCUGCGUGUGUCGUGCAACCGCGCGCCAACUCACCUGCGGGGAAAAAAAGGCGGAGGUGGUCGGAAAGCAGGGAAGGAGGGGCAGAAAUCACCGGGAAGCACGGCCCUCAAGGCUCAAGAGGAAGGCAGGCCUCCAUCCAUGCAUCCCCCAAAAGCAUCCUCUCUUUUCCUUUCGCUUCUCGGCUUGGCUGGAACAUCACCUCCCGUGAGGCAACCCAAGGGCUUUCCUUCUUCUUUGGCCGAGUCCUCCUCCUCAGCUUGGGUGGAUAUCUCCCAGCCCAGGGCGUUAUCCAGUUUGAAUCCAGUGACUGCCCAGUGUGGGGAGGCGCAUGUCAUGGUGACAGUCAGGGACCUGUUUGGGACAGGGAGGCUCAUCCAAGCAACUGCCUUGACUUUGGGCUCUGCUGGUUGCAAGCCCACCUCCUUCAAUGCCUCUGAAGACAGGGCGAUCUUUGACUUUGGGUUCUGUGCGUGUGGUAGUACCUUGCAGGUUACUCCAGAUUCCGUUGUCUACGCCAUCAGCCUCUACUACCACCCGAAUCUCGGGAGCGAGCCUGUGAUUCCCAGGACCAGCCCAGUUGACGUUCCUCUAGAGUGUCACUAUCCAAGGUGAGAGACCACCUCCAGCAACAUCAUCAAGCCAACUUGGGUUCCCUUCAGCUCAACCUUUUCUGCGGAACAGGGGCUGGCCUUCUCCUUGCGUCUCAUGAAUGGUGACUGGAGUGCAGAAAGAGCUUCCAGCAGUUUCCAGCUUGGAGAUGUGAUCCAUGUCCAGGCCGAUGUCAAUGCAAAGGACGACAUGCCUCUGAGACUUUUAAUUGACAGCUGUGUGGCUACCUUAAGUCUAGCCAAAGACUCUAGGCCCCAGUAUCCAGUCCUUGACUACAACGGCUGUUUAAUCGAUGGCAAUUUGCCCGACUCCAGUUCAGCCUUCCUGGCCCCAAGACCCCAGGAGAACUCACUCCGGUUCACCCUAGAUGCCUUCAGGUUUGCAAUGGACCCUCGGGAUUUGGUCUAUCUCACUUGCCACUUGAAAGUUACAGCAGCCGAUCAAGAUCCCGAGCCUUCGAUCAAGGCUCGUUUGUUCAACAAGACAAGUAAUACAUGGUCCCCGGUUGAAGGCCCCAGCUCUACUUGCAACUGUUGUGAAACUAAGGAUUGUGGGUCUCUUGGUGGUCAGCUUGCAAGGAAAGCAGCAGGAAGACUCUUCCAAAGAGAUGCAUCUGGUCAAGACGGCAAAUCUCCAAAGACGGAAGCAGAAGUUGAUCUGGUGGCGGGACCCCUCUUCAUCCCUGGUUCGCAGAAGUCUUUCAAAGGUCCUCUUGAACGCCAGACCAAACUGGGACCUUUUCUCUAUCCUCCUCCACGACAGUCCAUGAACGUCCCUCCGCCUCCCACCCCACGUCUGGUGCUCCCUCCACUGGUGGCUUCACCGACCAUCGGUUUGUGCGAUCCGGGACCUCCUGGCUGGCCACACGGUACAGGUCCGCACGGACGACACCACCGACGUGUGGCACCUGAACAAGCAGGGCGGCACAUGAUCCUCCUCCCUCUUUGCAUUCACCCUUUCAUGUCUCGGCCAGCCAUGUACCCGGGCAGUCCAAUGCCCAAGCGGACCCCCUGA